AUGGGCGGCCUUGAGGUGGAGCCUCAGAACUAUUUGGGAAGCCUGUCCCAUUCUGGCUGGCGAGCUGCAAUGGUGGAAGAAAUGAUUACUUUAGAUGGUAAUAGUACUUUGGAAUUGGUGGAUCUGCCUACUGGUAAAAAAGCUAUUCAGUGUAAGUGGGUGUUUACUAUCAACGUUAAUCCUAAUGGCUCUGUUGCAUGUCUAAAGGAUCAACUUGUUGGUAAAGGUAAUGCUCAGACUUAUGGUGUUGAUUAUUCUGAUACAUUCUCUCCGGUGGCUAAGUUGGCUUCCAUCCGAUUGUUUAUAUCAAUGGUAGUCACAUAUGAUUGGCCUUGA